AUGUCCUGCCCGUUGCCUCUUCAGCUCUCUUAUUCGUCGCUUCUUAAGAGGGAGAGAGAAAGAAACAGGAGGGAGAGAGAGAGAGAGAGAAACAGGAGGGAGAGAGAGAGAGAGAAACAGGAGGGAGAGAGUGAGAGAGAAACAGGAGAGAGAAACAGGAGGGAGAGAGUGGAGGGAGAGAGGAGAGACGCGUCUAUCCGCUUGCGACUCAUUCUCUUGGGCGCGUCGCACUUGGCGCCCGACGUCUCGAGCGGGUGCUUGCGCAAGUACGCGGCCAGCCAGCGCAGUGCGCAGUCGCAGGAGGACGGCGCGGCCGCCGGCAGCGGAGAGAGAGAGAGAGGAGAGAGGGAGGAGGGAGAAAGGAGAGAAGGAGAGAGAGAGAGGAGGGAGAGAGAGAGGAGGGGAGAGAGAGAGGGAGAGAGAAAGGAGAGAGAGAGAGAUAGAGAAAGGAGAGAUAGAGGAGGGAGAGAGGAAGAGAGAAAGAAGAGAGGGAGAGAGAGAGAGAGAAACAGGAGGGAGAGAGAGAGAGACAGAAACAGGAGGGAUAGAGUGAGAGAGAGAAACAGGAGGGAGAGAAGGAGAGAGAGAGGAGAGAGAGAGGAGGGAGAGAGAGAGAGAGAGGAGGGAGAGGAGGGAGAGAGAGAGAGAGAAAUAGGAGGGAGAGAGAGAGAGAGAGAAAUAGGAGGGAGAGAGAGACAGAGAAACCGGAGGGAGAGAGAGAGAGAGAAACAGGAGGGAGAGAGAGAGAGAGAGAGAAACAGGAGGGAGAGAAGAGAGAGAGAGAGAAACAGGAGGGAGAGAGAGAGAAACAGGAGGGAGAGAGAGAGA